AUGAAAGAUCUAGAUAAAGAUGAUAGAGAAGAAACACGAAGGAAAUUGGUGGCGAUGACGUUUGUCAUAGGUUCGGUUUUGGUUUUAACAAACAUCUCAGUUGUUUACACAUUUCAUUACACCCACCAAACCUCACCGCCGAUGCCCUCCAAACAACCUGCUCUGUCGCCUUCUUGCAUAACCCAAUUCGAAACAGAUGAGAUAUUGAAGAUGGGUUCCAAUCAACCGCCGGCAACUGUUGUACUUCAACCGUAUGUUCUUCUCGGGAAGCACAUCAAUGUCGUGGAUCGACAAAUCCACUCACGUCUACCUCGCCCGUUAAGCGAAGAGAUUUUUGUGCAGUUCUUUGACCAGUGGUGGCGAACAUGCUUCGGUUGGAUAUGAAACAGAUGUCAUGGGUUUGAUCAACUGGUUUUGACUUUUCAUUGAACGACCAGUACGUCGCAUCGUCUUCACUGGAUAAAAUUGUGAGGGUUUAAUGGGCUUUGCAUUCGAGUAAUAUAUGGAGUUACUUCUCAGCUUUGUAUUCGUUUUCAUCCUAUAUUCAAUUUUAGCAGGGGAAGAUUAAUAAGUAAAACAGUUGUGGAAAACUGGUCCAGCCACAAUUGCAGACGCCAUGAUCUAAGGUCUCCCCAUCAUUCUAAACGAUUACAUUGUUGACCAGGAAGUUGGAAAUGUACCCUAUGUAGUGGCAAAUGGAUAUGGGAAAUUUUGAAAGUCACCAAAAGAGAUUGCAGAAAUUGUUGGUGAAUGGUUUGGUCCUAAAGCACAUGAACUCAAGAGUAUGAUAGGGCUUGAUCUGAAUUUAAACUAUUACAGAUCAGUCACAAACAUUGAAUAUUAAAACACAACAUAAAUUCAAUCUGGGCACAUAUCUGUUUCUUUCUGAGAAUUUUUUUUAAGAAGACUCAAAAAGGAUAGAAGAACAAGAGGAUAACAUGAGCAAUGGUACACAAACAUUGAAUAUAAAAAUACAACAUAAAUUCAAUCUGGGCACAUAUCUGUUUCUUUCUGAGAAAUUUUUUUAAAAAGACUCAAAAAGGAUAGAAGAACAAGAGGAUAACAUGAGCAAUGGUACACAAAAAUUAGCCGGAAAAAGAAAUUUAUAGAUAAAAGCAGAUGAAAAGUCAACAUACCCACAGUGUGUAAAUGACGCUAAUUUUCGGUGUCGUUUUCGUGUUAUGCUCUGAUUUUUUCUAUGUUUUCAAAUGAUUCCUUAUUAAAUCAUUAUACUUAAAUUCUGAAUAUAUGUUUUUGUUUGUCUGUGUAGCUUUAAGAAUCCAACAUAUGUGUUUUAAAAAGAGAAUAGAUCUCAGUUUACUUCUACUUUAUUUCAUUUUUAGGCAUCAUACUUUCAUAGUCAACC